AUGCCUAACGUGCGCGACCCACAGUCAAUUGGACCUAUAAUCUCGUACUUCAAACCGCUCAAUGAGCUCAUCCGAGUCUUCAAGUUGACCCGUAAAGGUCUCGAGUACGAGUUCGUGGUUAUUUCCCUCUGCGAUGGUCAGUGCUGGAAGGUCUUCCUUGGCCUUUUGGAGAGCGAAUUGGAUCACGAUCUUGCGGGCCACUGGUGGCAUGGGCACUGGUUUGAACGGGACACUAAGGGUCUCACAGGAGACAAUCCCACCAGUCUUGCCGUUCAACCGCUGCAAGCGUACAUUCUCCUUCUGACAGAGGCGUUCCUCAAAGGCAACAUAGACAUCGAAGGAUGGGCGCCUAGUGGGCGGGAGAACGAUUGGUUAUCGGAUCUACAAGGAGUGUUCACGCCCGUAUCCGUAUCGUCGAACUGGACGGAGAAGCCGCUGCUGCUCAAGCUGCUCGAGUAUUUCGAACGGGCAGCUGCAGGCACAGCGUCUGAACCAUCCUUUUUCCUGUCACAGAUUGCGCUGCGGGCUGAGCCGCAUGGGUGCGCGCUCUACCCACAAUCGGGUGGCUUCGGUGGCGCUCAUGCGGACUCCAGCGAGGCGCCUAGAUCCGUGGUAAGGUCGGGGAAGAAGCUAGCAGUUCGGCGGCCUGUAGACUCAGAUGGAGACUCGUCUCCAUCCCCGACACCCAAGAAGCUGAAAGGGUACUCUAGCCCUCGCAAGCCGAAACGUGCACUCAAGGAAAUGUCUCAGUCAACGAUGGGCGAUGACUCUAUUCCAUCGAGUGAACCGGACUUGAUCCAGUACCCGAACUCGGACCAUCUGGAUAAGACCAUUGGUUACCGCGGUCCGUCCCCUUCUUCGGAUCCCGUCUGGCCGGAAGACCCUCCGUCAACAUCUCCUGUCAAGCCCACCGUCAAAGCCCCAGUCUUCUCUUCGAAGACUAAUGUCAAACCCGCUACCUCCUCUGGUGCGAGGAACGCCAAGGAUUCAGCACCAACGGGGCCUAUCAAGAUGGUCGACCCUUUGGCUCACAAGAAGAAGCGUGGCACGCCAGGAGUAGUCGAGUUCUCGGACAAGGUUUAG